GUGCGUUUUCUAUAUAAACUGCAUUUGCAAUAAAAUAUUGUAAGAAAAAUGAAGACUUUCUUCUGCUUCGUAUUCUUCUUGGUUUCUGUCACCUUUGUUAACACCAGGCCAUCGAAAGAGUAUACGAAUAAAUUCAAGGCCGCAGUGCAAAAAUGCUCCCAACAAUUCAACCUGACUCUAGCAGACGUGGAAGGAUAUGCAAAGUAUCGUAAGCUCUCAGAAACUAAAAAUGGAAAGUGUGCUGUCCUCUGUGUUUUCAAAGAAAUGGAAUAUGUGACAGAUGGGAAAUUGAACUUUGAGCACGUUGUCAGCUCUUCCAAACAUAAAUGGGAAGGCAGUGCAGUCAUUGAGAAGGCAAAAAAUGUUUACUCGACUUGUUAUAAAGAACUAAAUUUAGAAAACGACACGUUUGACUGCGACAAGGCAGUAGAAAUGCUAGGUUGUCUCAUGAAAGGAAGCAAGGAGCAUUCCAUCCCUGCUCCAUAUUUGUCAUAAUUAAAACAACGAGUUUCGGCCAAACCGAGAGAUAACUACUUUCACGGCUUACCUGAACCAUAACCAACAAACCAUCACAGUUACUUUAUUUAAGGAAAAUAAAUAUAAUCUUUUUUUUAAAUUA